AGAGGAUUCGCAUAUUGCAGUUGAUGGUCAUACGUAACAGAUCGAGCAGGCCUCCAGGCCUCUAGGGUUAUUCUCGAUCAGCACAACAGACUCCCGUUCCCAUUUUCCCCUUGUUUCCCUUCCUUGUUCAAUCCAACAGAAGUCUCGUUGGAAGCUCUAAAAAACAACGUUAGGACCCCAUAAAUGCAGAAAGUCAUUCCUCUUCGGCUCGUUGAUACUCUCCUUGUGGAUCCUUCGAGCGCGGUACCUGCAUCAGAUGCGCUGUCAUCCCUAGACUAGUAAGUACGCCAAAACCGUAGAGCAGGAUCAGGUCAAGGGUACUGGCAGACGCUUGGUGAACCCACCCCCGAUUCGACGGGAUAUCACUUAUUACAUCUGCAACCCUGAUUGCAGGCCCCCGUCUCUUUUUCCUCGACCUUAUCGGACGAAAUGAUCGGGCAGUGUAGACGACUACGAAGUGUCUUCCGUCAUUCUGGUAUCACAACGCAUGUUGUUUCGCCCUUCUCACCCCUUUCUCCUAUCAGACCCUCUUAUCCCCUCGCAUCCAGGAUAAUACGUAGCCAUGGACCGUCCUACCCUCCAAACCCCUAAGACGGGUCGCUCGCGUUUCUCAAAAGCGUUGCCUGCCCCUCCACCAGAGUUGGAAGAUGACAAGCCACCGAAGGCUUCUCGAGACCCUCCAUCUUCGACGUACUCGCCAUUCCCGCCCAGGAAGGAUAGUGUUAGCGUAAGGACCAACACCAGCAUCAGCCAGAUCAGUCCAAGUAUCAAGUCGGAUUUGAAUUCGCCUCUACCCUCGCUGCCUCCCACUAACACCAUCAACACUAAUAUAAUGGCACCCACUGUUUUGCAAACGCAGACUCGGUCUAUUCCAAGGAAGCCGGUGGGACUGCCUGCAAAUCCAGCCCCGGUGGCUGGGGCUAGCGCUGCGAAAUCUAAGAAGAUGAAGCGCGUCUCUUCCAUAUCAAGUCUCUUAUCGGCCUAUUCCAAUACCUCGUCGGACUCUGUUCAGCGGUCGUCGCAAGGCAGUGUCUUCACAAAGGAUAGCGAACCAUCAAAUUCACCCGAACGGGAGGGAAUGAAUGAUCCCCAACAGUCGCUGUCAAAGACUUUGCCGGUACUUCCAAGCAAUCCAUACGCAGAUGAGCUGCCGUCAGUGACGGAUGAGAUAAUAGCAGCGGACUUCCCACCGCCGCCACCAUUGAAAGACCCAACUCGACCGGGUACGCCUUCGAGUUCCCGGCCCGUAGAUUCAUUCCCGGCACCACCCCGAUCUGGUACUCAAGAUGGAAGCCCUGCGUCAGCGACACCUAAACCCGUAGGUGAUUCACCACCGAGAAAAGAGAUCUGGCGUCGGCGUGCGUCAGUCAAGUCAGACCGAAGCCUGCUCGUCCCGGAGCUCAAAUUAGCUGAUUCACAUGGUUCUACCGCAUCCACAAUCACUUCACAGCCUCCAGCUGCUAACACCGCCAAUACCGAUCUUCUUCCACCACCACCAAUUACACAAACAAGUAGCAACACCACUUCUCCGUUGCCUCCCAGAAGCGCUUCACUUCCCGGAAGGAAUAUUCGGCCAACUAAACCUGAACCGCAACAAGAAGACGAGAUGCACAGGCUUUCGUCAAAGCUCAAGGGGCUCACCACCCGAAGCGAAAAUGCUAAGAAACUCGCUAAAACGCCCAACAGCUCUACCGGAACUAAGGAUGAGUUGGCUAAGUCUGCGUCUAAGGCGCAACCCGAGAUGAACCCCGCCGCUCCUAUUAAAGAUCAGCCCAAGGUGGAGCAGUCUAUUAAUGCAUCCAGAACUCCAGCUGAGACGGUUGUCCAUGCGCCUAGCCCGGCUACCGCGUCGCCGGAACCUCCCCCAAAGGAGUCCGCGCAAAAGUCAAUUUCGCGCCGACCCGUCGGAAGUCCUGUCGAGACCCAAAAACCGGAGGUCCAUAAGAAGGGAAGCUCGUCCGAUCUAAGAAUGCAGAACCUUGGACUCCCACGUCACCCACGAUCUGCGCGAAGCAACUCAUCGUUGCGCUCACCCCAGACCACUCAUGAUGUUCAAGAGGCCGUGAGACCUAGGGUAGUACCGCAACCGCAACCGAUCCCAACUAUCGAGAUGACUACCACGAUGCCGGCCGACUCUAUUGAGCCGAUGAAGAAGCCUGAGCUCUUCAACAUCGUGACGGCGCUGAACGAACCCAGCAUCUCGCCGAAUCUGAUGGCGGCCGAUCGCAAGCCUUACCGUAGAGUUUCUCCAGAUAUGCACGCUACCAACCUCAGUGACAUUGGCGAGUCUAUGGAGAACGUUACCCCGGAACAUGCGGAGAAAGUGAACGAGGCGCUAUCUCGCUUCCCUCGAAAUAUUAGUCAGAACUUUGCGCCGACCGAUGCUGUCUGGCAAGCUCCUCCUAUUACCUCUCAACAUCACAACUGCUACGUGCGCCAUUCUAAAUGGGUUCCGGUUAAGAACUCCAACUAUCCAUUGGCGUGUCAAACAUGUAGCGUCCAGGACACCAACUCGCGCAAGACUUGUUCCUGGUGUAAUUUGCGCGUGUGUUACGGAUGUCACGAGAGACUUAUGGGCCGCUACAAGGCCGACCUCCGGGCGUUGAUGCAGAAUAUGGAGACAGACCAGAUCGAGGAGAAGCGCCGUGAGAAAGGGAAGCAAACGAGUGCUGCCUAAACCAUCUCCUUUUUCGGGCUGUUAUGUUCGGCUCAAAUGCCGCAUAUCGUUGACAUCGACUUCGUACACUACCAUUUCUCUACUUCGACUUUUCUUGACACUUCGAAUUUACCUUGGCGGUUUUUCCUUUUCGACAUUCACCGUAUCUCGAGUACAGAAGUUUUCUAUACAAGAAACACUCUCUAUGCUCGACGAUUCGUCUAUUCUAUUCUUGAAGGAUUAUGGCCAGAAAAGAGUAAAAAGGGGGGGCUUUGCAUGCGGACUGAGGCGUUUAUUGGUACGAUGAUACCACUAUGCGAUCACCAUUGAUCGAUGUAUAUAUGGCGUGAAUAGGAUUCAUAGGCCAUGAUCCUAUGCUUUUGAGGAAUAGGGGACAUACUACGAAAAAGGAGGCAAAUGGAAAGAGCACAAUGGGGAUUCCUGGCUUGAAGCCGGACGAUGAUACCUUUUGCUAUAAAUGAAUUGAAGUGAUCAAUAAUUCAA